UUUGAAAUUGAGAAAGGCACAAUCAAAUCCCGAGAAUAAUGAAGCACGAAACAUCUCCGUCGUCAACACUCGGCAUUUGACAUUGACAUCGCAACGCCAACAAUGCGCAUAGGGAAAACGGUCCUCUUGUUGAGUUCACUCGGCCGCGGCUUUUAUCCAUUCAUUUCUACGGACGAUCUGAGCAGAGCUCGCGGCAGCAGCGACGCCAUGGUGCGCACGCGCCACGGAGUCAAAGUGGGUGACGGCCUCCUGUCCACCACGACGACGACGGCCACGCCCUCCACGGUGGCGAGGGGGCCGGGCGCGCCGUCGCCGAGGCCUUUGAAACGGAGAAACAGCAGCACAGACUGUCCUUCCGGCGCCACGGUGACCAUCAACGAGGGCGGCUGCAGCCGCGUCAUCCCGGUGGACGUGAUCAUGAGCAGGAAGCUGAGGGUGGUCCUGGGGCACUGCAGCGUCGGCGGCAAGCCGACGGCCGUGGCCGCGCUGCCCUCCCUGGAGACCCUCUCCCUGGUGGAGGGGGCGGCGGCCCGGCGCGGCCUCGGCGAGGGUGACGUCGGGGGAGCGGCCGGCGGCGACGCGCCCCCGCAGAAACCGGCCAUGGAGUGA